AAGUGCAUGGGAUGCAGUAUUGCAGUGUGUGAAAAUUGUGUGAAUAAGUUGUCAUAUAAAUGCAUUUAUUAUUUCAAAUAAUUUAAAUAAUAUUAAAUCUAAUUAAUACAAUAAUAAUUUUAACAAAUUAUAAUAACUUUUAUUUUUAUUAUUGACUAAAUUUUUUUACAAUAAUAAAAAUAAGUGAAUUAGUCAUAUUGUUUUUUUUUUUUUUUUCUCCAGCAAGUAUAUGCAUAAUUUUUUUUUUUAUUCAAUAAAAAUAUAUACACAAAAAAGUGGAUUAGAAAUUGAAGGGGAAUAUCGCUCCAGGAGGGAGAAAAAAUUAAUUAUGGUUAUGGAUUAAGGAGAAUAGUUGUUUUUAGAUUUUUGACAAUAUAAAAAUAUAAACAAUGUCAUGUAGUUGUUUUGAUAAACAUUAUUCUUAUAAUUAAUAUAAAUUGUUAAUUAUUUGAAAAAAAAAUAAAAUUGAUAAUAAUAGAUAUUGUUAAUUGAGUAAGAUUUAAAAAAUGGUACUUGGAAGAAAUGAUAAGAGAAAAAAAAAAGAAGGUGAUUUGGUUGAUCUCAUGGAUCCACUUUCUGAAGCUCCAAAAAGAGCUAAAGUACAUGCACAAAGAAAAUUUGCACAAGGUGCUGCAACUGUUUUUAAUUCAGUUCAAACUGUUAUCAAGGAAAAAGAAAAAACUAAACCAUCAAAAGUCACAGAAUUGAUAACAGACAAGCGUCCAAAUACUGAAGAUUUUUUGACUUUUCUAUGUUUUCGUGGAACAUCAAUAUUACCACCAAGUUUAAAUUUCUUUGGUAUUGGAACAAAAAAAGAAAAAAUUGAAGCAAAAUUAUUAGCUAAAAAAAAAGUAAAUAAUACAAAUUCACAAUCAACAAUUUCAACAACAACAACAACAACAGCUCAAUCAAAGACAGAUAUAAAUCAUAAUACAGGAGCUAAAAUAAAAACAACAGAUAAUUUGAAAAAAAAAUUAUCAACAGCUCAAAAUGUUGGAAAAAAUAUAAAUAAAUAUAAAACAACAACAUCAACAGUACAAGCAUUGAAAAAAAAAUAUCAAGAACAACGUUUAGCUAAACAAAGAAUUGAAAAAAAAUUAAAAGUAUCAUGUGUUAUGAAAACACGUUCAUCAACAACAUCACGUGCAAUUGUUAAUAAAAAUAUAACAAAAAAUAAUAAUAAAUUAGCAAAUAUAAUUGAUAAUAAUAAAAAACAUUGUUUACGUAGUAAUAGUGUUGUUGAUAAACGUAAAACAACAUUACCAAAGAAUAAUAAUAAUAAUAAUAAAUUAUUAAAAAAAGAAAAGAAAAAAACAAUUGAUAAUGAUAAAAAUAAUGAAUUAUCUGAAGAAUUAUCAGAUUCAUCAUUUUCAUCUGAAGAUAGUAAUAAAUCAUCAUCAAGUAUUAAACAAAAAAAUAAUAAAACAAAUAAUAAAAAAAAUAUUAUAACACGAAGUAAUAAUAAAAUUGAACAAAGAAGAGUUACCAGAUCAAGAAGUGAUGUUACUGUACCAAUUGUAAAACCAACACAAAGACCAUCAAGAAAAACAAAAGAAGCAGCAGCUUCGUUAUUGGAAAUAAUUAGUAAAAAAUUAACAAGUCCAGAUAUUGAUAGUGAUGAUGAUGAUGAUGAUAAUAAUUCAUUAGAUAGUUAUCCAGAACUUAUACGUAAAACAAUUGAUAAUGAUAAUAAAUCUAAAAUAAAAGGUAAAUUAAAUAAAGAAAAAAAUUUAAAGACUGAAAUUAAUAAAGUUGAUAAAUUAAAAAAUAAUAAAACAGUGACGAAAAUUAAAAAAUCAAUAAAAGUUCGAAAGUAUAUUGAAAGUGAUGAUAAUGAUGAAGAUGAUGAUGGUGAUGAAGAUGAAGAAGAGGAAGACGAGAAUGAAGAAGAUAGUAACAAUGAUGAUGAUGAUGAUAAAGAUGAAGAUGAUGAGGACGAUGAUGAUAGUAAUGAAUCAUCAGCUUCAGAAAAAGAUAAUAAUAAAAAAUCAAAACCAGUUACAAGAAAAAGUAGCAAUCAAUCAUCUAGCAAUGUUAAAGCAAUAUCAAGUGAUCGUAGUCUUCGUUCAUCAUCUAGAAAUUUACCCAAACAACAACAAAAACAAGAAACACCAAUUAAAUUACAACGUGAUAAUAAAAAAUCUAAUGAACUAAAACGAAAAUCACCAAAAUUAUCAACACAAGAUGAUACAAAAAAUAAAGAUAAUAAUAAAAAAUUAACAAAAAAUAUUAUCGUAGAAAAUUUACAAGAUUCUGAUGAUGAACCAUUGAUUAAAUUAAAAAAAAGAAUUGAAAUGAUUGAUAAUAUUAAAAAUGAUUCAUCAAAAGAUAAUAAAGAAAAAAUUACAUUUGAUAAUAAAAAAGAUGAUGAAAUAAUAAAAUUAUCAGAUGAUGAUGAAGAAUCAUUUCAUGGUUUUAAUAAAAAAACAAUAACAAAAUUAUUAAAUCCAUGUACAAGUAGCUCAAUUGCAAAUGAAGAAACAUGUAAAAUAAAAAAUUCAAUGGAGACAUUGAUAAACAAAAUUGAAAAUAUAAAUCAUACUGAUAAUUAUAAAAAUUUAAAUACAAAUAAAUCAUGUGAAAUAUCAAAUUUAGAUACAACAACAAAUAAUAUUAUUUUACCAAUGGUAUCAUCAUCAUCACCACCGCUACUGCCACCACCACCAAAUACAACAGAAAUAGAUAAAAAAUGUUCUCAUACAGUACAUGAUACAUCAACUGGAAUAAUUGAUAUACCAUUAUCAACAUCACUUGGACGAAAAGAACGUGUUAAUAUGUCAACUGAACAAAUUGAAAAAUGGCUUAAUGAAAGUUCAAUGGCUAAAGAAGAGAGUAAAGCUGAAAUGGAAACAGUUACAAAUUUUUCAUAUGAAGUUGAACCUGAAAAAAUUAAUAAAUCAGAUAUUAGUCAUUUAUCAAUAUCAACAAGAAUACAACAUUUAGUUAGACCAGUUAAUGUUGCUAUUGCUAAAAUGGCUGAAAAACCUUUAACUAAUAAAAAUCAAAUGAAAUCACCAUCAUCAAUAUUUAGUACUGGUAUUGCACUUGCAAAACCAAUAAAUAUACCAACAAAUCGUAAUAAAAUAAAUGCUGAUAUUAAAGAAAUAAUUAAAUGUAGAAAUGCUAAAAAUAAUAAUAACAAUAAUAUUAAUAUUAAUCAUUCAAAUAAUAAUAAAGAUACAACAAAUAUUAAUGAGGAUAGUGAUAUUAGUUCAAGAAGAUCAGAUGGUAAUGUAUCAAUUGAUUAUUAUUCACCAGAUAAAAAAAAUACAUCAACAACAACAACAUCAACACCAACAGCAACACCAACACCACCAAUAACAACAGCAACAUCAACAACAGAUAAAAAAUCAACAACACAAUCACAAAAAAAAACAUUUUUACCAAAAGUUAAAGAACGUAAAUCAGCAAUACCAAGUGUUAAUGCAUUUUCACCAGAAAAUGAAAGAAGUGUUUAUGCAUUUGAAAGUGAUACUGAAACACCAGUUAAUACACCAUUUAGAAGAAAAUUACGUGAUUCAAAAUCUGGUACAUCAUCUGAUAUUGCUGAGAGUGAUGAUGGUAUUGUUAAAACACCAACAAAAAUAUCAGAUAAAUAUGAUUUAUUAUCAACGACAAAAUCAACAACAAAAAGUAUUGCAACAACAUGUAAUGAAGAUGAUUCAUUUAUAGAAACACCAAGUACAUCAACUGAUACACCAAUACAAACAAAUAUAAAAUUAAAAAAUACAAAUGAAUUUGAUAAUUUAUCAAAUUCACAAGUAUUACCAAUUGGUAAACAUCAAAAUGUAUGGAAUAGUUUAAAUUGUAGUACAUCAAUUGCUGUACAAGUUAAUUUUGAUGAACAAGGACAAAGUACAACACAAGAUAAUGAUAAUAAUCAUAAUGAUGAUAUUAAUAAUGGACAAAAAUGUACUGAAAUAUCAACACAAACAGAAUGUACAGCUGUUGAUAAUGAAGAUGAUAAUUCAUCACAAGUUUUUUAUAUUCCAUUACAAGCUGUAUCAAGAAAUGGACCAAAUACAUGUGUUGCUGUUAAACUUGGUACUGAAGGACCAAAUGGACCAAAUCAACGGGUUUUAUUACGUGCACAAUUAGUUACAAAACCACCAGUUGCUGUUGCAAGAUGUCCACCAAUUGGAACUGUUCAACCAACAACAAGAACACCAGCAUCAUUAGCAAAUGAUUCAAUACCUUCAACAUCAUCAUCAUCAUUACCAGCAGAAACAGUAGGAGGUGUAACAACAGCUGCAACUGCAUCAUCAUCAACAACAACACCAACACCACCAACAACAACAUCGUCAUCAUCAUCAUCUCCAAUUGUAUUACCAAUUAUAAAAGAAACUGAAAAAUUAUCAUCAAGUGAAAGUAAUAGCAAGGUAUUAAUAAAUGAAAAAAUAACAAAAUCAUUAAAAGCAUCACGUGAAAGAAAAGCAUCAAGUGAUUCAUCAACAACAAAAUUAAGUAGUAAUAAAAAAGGUGGUGGUAAAAAAAAGCUAUCAUCAGAUAUAAAAUUUGAUGGAACAACAUUUCCAAGUAUGGAUUUAAAUAAAGGUGAAUCAGCACGUCUUGUUGAUGCACCAACAUUUCAUCCAUCUGAAAAAGAUUUUCAAGAUCCAUUUGAAUAUAUUGAUAAAAUUCGUCCAAUUGCUGAAAAAUUUGGUAUAUGUCGUGUUGUACCACCAUCAAAUUUUAAACCAGAUUGUAAAGUAUCAGAUGACAUGCGUUUUACAGCAUAUAAUCAAUAUGUACAUCGUAUGAUGCAUAGAUGGGGUCCAAAUGUUAAACAAUUAAUGGCUAUUAAAAAAAAUUUAGCAAGUCAACAUUUUAUUGUUAAAAAAUUACCCUGGAUUGGUGGAAUGGAAGUUGAUUUACCACAUCUUUAUGAAACUGUACAAAAUCUUGGUGGUUUAGGUGAAAUAAUUGAUAAAAAAAAAUGGCAAAAAGUUGCUGAUGGUAUGAAAAUUCCAAAAUCAGCACAAGAUCGUGCAAGUAAACUUGAUGAUAUUUAUUGUAGAUAUCUUUUGCCAUUUGAUACAUUAUCAGCAAAAGAAAAAGAAAAAUUAUUUGAUGAUGUUGAUAAAGAAUGGAAAAAACGUGAAGCAAAAGCAUUACGUAGAUUAAAUAAAUCAUCAUCAUCAUCAGCAUCAUCUUCAUCAUCUUCAUCAGAUGAUGAUAAUGAUAAUGAUGAUGAAGAGAGUGAUGAUAGUGCUGAUGAAUGUAUUGUUAAAGGUAGAAAUAUGCCAUUAAAUGCAUUUUAUAGAAUUGCUAGAAAUACACAAAGAAUGUGGUUUGGUGAUAAUCAACGUGGUGGUGGUGGUAGUGGUAAUGGUAGUGGUAGUGGAAAUGGUAAUGGUAAUAGUGAAAUUGAAGGUGCAUCAGCAGUUAAUGUUGAAAAUGAUUUUUGGAAACAUGUUGUUGAACGUAAACGUCAUGUUUGUGUACAUGCUGCAAGUAUUGAUUCAAGUGGACGUGGUUUUGGUUUUUCAGUUGCUAAAAAAAGUCCAUUUGCACGUCAUCCAUGGAAUCUUAAAGUAUUAACAAAUAAUAGUGGUUCAAUAUUACGUGCACUUGGUCCAUUAAUGGGUGUUACAAUACCAACAUUACAUGUUGGUAUGUUAUUUAGUGCAUGCUGUUGGUAUCGUGAUCCACAUGGUUUACCAUGGAUUGAAUAUCUUCAUACUGGUGCUAAAAAAAUAUGGUAUGGUAUACCAAAUGAACAUAAUGAUAAUUUUCGUAUUGCAUUAUCAAAAAUGGUACCACGUUAUUGUAAAAAUAAAAAAAUAUGGUUACCAUCUGACACGGCAAUGGUACCACCAGAGACACUUGUUUCAAAUGGUGUAUCACUUUGUCAAACUGUACAAGAACCUGGACAAUUUAUUAUUGUUUUUCCAAAAGCUUUUACAUCAAGUAUUUGUACGGGAUAUGUUGUAUCUGAAAGUGUUUAUUUUGCACAACCAACUUGGCUUGAAAAUGCUGAACAAAUAUUUAAAGAUCUUCAAGAUAGCUGUGAACCUUCAAUGUUUUCAUUUGAACGAUUGCUAUUUAGCAUAAUUAAUGACACAAGAUCUAAUGUUGAUGUUUUAAAACAGAUUUUACCAACUGUGACGAAAAUUCGUGAAAGAGAAUUAAACUAUCGACAACAAUUAGAUUAUUAUGGUUUAACGAGUAAAGAAAAAUUACCAUUACCAGAUAGUGGAAAGAAAAAAAAAGGACAAAAAGUUAAAGAUGGACAAAGUGAAUUUGAAUGUGAAACAUGUCGAAUGGAUCUUUUUGUAUCACAUGUUUGUAAUUCACAAGAUGACAGUACGUACUGUCUACCUCAUGCAUUACAACUUAUUUCUAAAAAGAAACAAGUACUCAAACAUUGUACACUUAAAUUUUCAUAUAGCGAGGAGGAACUUGAUGACUUGAUACACAAGCUAGAGGAUAGAAUCGAAGCCAAACUCAAGAAGACUAAUCAAAACAGGCAAAUAAAAUAAGACUGGAAUUAAGUUUUAUUUAU